AUGUCGGAUAACGGCAGCGGUGACGAAGGAAUUUCUAGUCAGAAAUAUCAUGGACAAGGCAUGGAUGCAGGCGGGAACAAUUUUGACUCAGGUCAACAGCCACAGGAGCAGGAGUUGGCUACGAAAAUGCUCCAGAUACAGUCCAAAAGGUUCUACCUCGACGUGAAACAGAAUCGACGCGGUCGCUUCAUCAAAGUUGCAGAGAUCGGCGCAGACGGUCGGCGAAGUCAAAUAUUCCUAGCGAUGUCAACGGCGGCGGAGUUCCGCGACCACUUGUCGAGUUUCAGCGACUAUUACUCGUCUCUGGGCCCGCCCAACCCCGACAACGUGCCGGACGAUGGAAAACUCAAGUCAGAGAUGAUGUUAAAGGACAACAGGAGAUACUAUCUAGAUCUGAAGGAGAACUCUCGCGGUCGUUUCCUACGAGUGUCUCAGACGAUAACGCGGGGCGGGCCCCGCAGCCAGAUCGCGCUGCCCGCCCAGGGCAUGAUAGAAUUCCGCGACGCCCUCACCGAUCUGCUGGACGACUUCGGAAUUGAUGAUGGCGGAUACAAGGGCGAACUGCCCGAGGGGCGACACCUACGCGUCGACAACAAGAACUUCUACUUUGAUAUCGGGCAAAACAAUCGAGGCAUCUACAUGAAAGUCAGCGAGGUGAAGAGUAAUUUCCGCACGGCGAUCACGGUGCCGGAAAAGUGCUGGUCGCGUUUUCGCGACAUUAUGGCGGACUACUGUGAUAAGAUGGGUCGCGCUCAACUUUCGCCACCACACACGCACCAAGGUGGCAGUGGCUCCGGAGGCAGGGCCGGGAGCGCGCAGCCUACACGGGAAAUGGACACAUUCGGCGGAAACGGCGCAAGUCGGAUUUGA